AUGUCAAGUUCUCAUUUAAGGGUGACAGAAACUAAAAGUUACACUUCAAGCAGAAUAUCCAAGGUUGAGACUGAACAUAUGACUCCAUCACAGCUUCCAUCAGCUCCUUUGGUUAGCUUUGAUUUGCACUUCGAUAAUUUAAAGGUUAUUUUUAUUCAGGAUUUUCUUAAUAGUGUAUCACAAACAGUUAAUCAGCAUGGGAUGAUUCUUAGCACUUUGACUGAAGAAAUUAGAAGCAGAGUCACUACUACAGAAUUAAUUGAUAUUUUUAAAGGUUUUGGUGGAUCAAUUAAUGAUGAGCUUGGAGAAGUCAGGAAGCAUGCACAUGGCGAUGAUUGAAAUAAUUCUAUUCAAUAUUGUCUCGAAAAAAUCAAAAUUCUGAGUGAAAACGUCAGAGAUUUGAAUAAAUAUAAAGCGAUAACUGAAGAAAAUGUAAAAAAUAUUAAUGAAGAUCUCAGUCAAAAGGCCACAAUUAAUUUUGUGAAAUCUUUCGUUAAGGCUAAAAAAAAGAAAUUACAAAAAGAGGUAAAAAUUAGCUAGACCCAAGAUGGAUUGAAAAAACUCCAAAUCGAGAUGGCACAAAAUGAUGGAAAAUUGGCAGAAAAAAUAAUGGAGCUUGAAAAGAAAUUGGCUGACUUAGAAUUAAAUACUCUAUGGAAAAUAAAGGAUUGCGAAGAGCUAUUAAAAGUUAGAGUCAAUGAAAAAUUUGUAUAUGAUGCCAUACAUGGGAUUGAAGACAAAAUAAAAAGAGAAUUAAUCCAAUUUAACGAAGGAAGUAUGUCGAAAUAUGAUAAAAUUAUCAAAGAUUUGCAAAAAGAAACUGAAAAAUUUGAGCAUGAUUCUUUAGGAAAAUUCAAAAAUUUAAAAGAUGAUAUCAAAAACUUACAGGAACUCCUAAACAGGAAAAGCGAUAAAGAAGUUUGUAUUAGAGAAAUCGACGAAAUAAAAUCAAUCCUUCAAUCUAUAAAUUUAACUGAAUUUCAUGGGAAAUUCCACGACAUAAAUAUAAGAAUUGACAAAUUUGAAGAAAAAUUUCGAGACCUUAAAAAUAUGAUUCCACAAAAUAGUAACUUAGAAGACGAUAUUGACUUAUUGAAACAAAUUAUUAACCAUUUAAAAGAUGAUAUUGAUAAAAAGGUUGAUAAAAGUAUGAUUGAAGAAUUUUUAACGAAAAAUAUGAAUAAAGACCAUCCUCCUGUAGCUCAAGAAAAAAUUGAUAUGAAUGAAUUCUGGAAGUUUAGAGAAAGAGUCAUUGAACAAAUUAAAAAUUUAGAAGCCAGAGUUGAAAAAUUAGGAAAAUUAGCAGAUGUAAGCUCUUUAAAGAAGCUUGUUAAUACUAAAGCUAAUGAUGAUGAGCUUAAAACUGGCUUGGGAUCUCAUGAAUUUAAAAUUAAUGAAAUCGAACGAGAAACAGCUAAAAAUUCAAAAGAGUUAGAAAACUUAUUAGCAAAUCUUAGAAAGCUCCAAGCGACCAUUUCAGAAAUGAGUCAAAAAUCAGGCUUCGCUUUAGUAGGCAGAAAAACUUAUUUGCCCAGCAACUGCUUAUCAUGUGGAAGAGGAGAUGCAAAUUAUGCUCCAGUCCAGCCUCAUGUUUUAGGAAGGGACGGAAGAUUAUAUAAAGCUGAAACUGGAGCUAAGACAACAGACUUCAGUUACAUAGGAAAUGGAGAAUAUGAUAUCGGCAGCGAAGUCUUUUCUAUUGAUACUCACGAACAAUUUCACUUCAGAAAAGUAAUUGAAGAAGGGUCUCCUAGCGACUCCAGACAAUUUAAAGCGCCACUAAAUGUAGUUUUAGGUAAAGAAGUCCAAAAAAGUUUGAUGAAUACUUCACUUACGAAUAAAAAAAUCAGACCAUUGAGCGCCAAAAGAUAA